AUUCAGCGCGCGCUACUCCCUGACAACAUUAGAAAUCACAGAAACGUUGCGAUACAAAACUGCACAGCAAUGCUAUGCAGUCUCGUCGUUUUUUACAAUCAGUUUGACGUUUCGUUUUCAGUUACAAAAUGCAGAGUAACUUUUCUUAGAAUGUGUUUAAAAAAAACAUUAGAUAAUUUAAACUAUAUCCGACCGAUUUCACCAUGUCUGGAAUAGAGCAUGCAUCCGUCCAAAGCAUCAAGCCUUUUAAAUCGAGCGAAAAAUAUCUCUAUGCCAUGAAAGAAGACCUGGCAGAAUGGCUGGGAGACUUAUACAACAUCGACAUUCACGUCAAUAAUAUUUUGGAUGUUCUGGAGACGGGUGCACUGCUUUGUGCGCACGCCAACAACGUGACGCGGGUGGCGGAUGAGUUUCAGAAGACGGUCGGACCCGCGGAGAUGCCGCUGCCCGCUUCUGGAGUCACUUUUGUCAGCUCUGCACAUCCAACAACGUUCAUGGCAAGAGACAAUGUGACUAAUUUCAUCAACUGGUGUCGAAAAGAGAUGAGCGUUCCAGACGUCCUGAUGUUUGAGACGGAUGACCUUGUCCUGCGUAAGAACGAGAAGAAUUUUGUGCUGUGUCUUCUAGAGGUGGCCAGACGGGCCUCUCGUUUUGGCAUGGCUUCACCAGUCCUUAUUCAGCUGGAGCAGGAGAUAGAGGAGGAGAUUCGUGAGGAGAUGGAGGAGACUAUCCAGCCCAAACCUCAGAGGAGCUUAAUAAAUACCCAGAACCUGGACGAAAUGGUUAAGUUCCUGAUAAGCCGAUGCACCUGCCCUUCCCAGUUCCCCAUGGUGAAGGUAUCAGACGGCAAAUACAGGGUUGGAGACUCCAACACUCUCAUAUUUGUGCGGAUCUUGAGGAAUCAUGUUAUGGUGCGUGUAGGUGGAGGAUGGGACACCCUGGAGCACUAUCUUGACAAACAUGAUCCCUGUCUCUGCAGUUCUUUCAUCCAUAAAUUGACACAACGUCCGGCUACUCCAGUCCAUGAGAUUAAAGAGAGGUUAACUACACCCCAGUCUGAUGCCCAGUGUGGUUCUCAGACCACUCUUCUGCUGAGCCGAUCUCAGUCUCCUCUUCAGCCAGUUGUGUGGUCCUCUUCAUCGCCCUACAGAACCCAAAGAGCAGGACCCUCACCACCGCGCUCACACUACUCUCCCGACCCUGAACAUCAGCCCAACCGCCGGAGAAACAGCCUCUCUCCUAACAAAUUAAGGGAGAGACCAAGUUCGCCGUCUCAUAUGCACACUUGUACUGACAGUAAAUACACCAGGAUAACAGAUUCCUCCAGUAGAAAAGGCAGAGAGGCAACACGGUCAUCUCCAACGCCCCGACUCUCUACCAGUCUCCCACGGGCUUCCUACUGUCCUACCACACCGCAGCCUGAGAUACAGCGUCCUCAAACUCUCCUGGUACUUCAGAGCCAACCCCUACAAGGCCCUGAGAAGAACCUGGGUCAAACCUGGACCAAAUUACACUUUGUCUCCAAACUGAGACAAAAUUCCUCAACUGGAGUAAAAGGACGAGAGUCACAGGAUAAAAGACAACUAAUCUCAAACGGGAAAGAUUGCGUAAGCCCAGGAAUACAAAGCUGGCUUCCAAAACCUCCAAACAUCACCAUAAAAGAGCCUGAGGACAACGGAGGUCCCCAAAGAAGUCUUGGACUCAUUCACAAAUUUUCUCCCACAAAAGAGUUAACAGGUGUCAUAUCAGACGGACUAUAUACAAGGCCGAGAACACCAACUAAGAAAUCCACAGGAGAUUGUUUUAUCAAUGCAAAUGAGAAAACCGAAUUUGAGAAAAGAAGAAACAGAUCAUUCAAGGUACAGAGUCAGAUUCAUCAAGUGCCAAACAUGGUGUCACCCUCUCAUGUUAACAUCUCAAGUAAUUCUUAUAGAAGUGUCCCUGAUUCUCCGAAAUCCAAAACAGGAGGCAAAGAGGGAGGAAUAAAGGGGGGUUAUCGUUACACUCCGUCUCCGCUCAGUCCUGCACAGGAAGCCAAUCUCUACAAGAGCCUAGAGGAGGAAAUCUUGUCCAAUCUGCAACAGUUAAGCAUCGAAUCGGAUACCAACAGCAGCUCGGAUGAGAACCUUGCUGGGACUCCUCAGAGAUCUGGAGAGAUCUCUUCAGACCGCUGUAAAGUUCUUUCCCCCAAAAAUCAUGAACAGACAGCACGUAUCCAUUCAAGCACAUCUCACAAACCCAACAGUGAUCAUGGAGCUAGUUUUGAUGCAGUCGUUGCAGAACUCUCUAGUGCACAGCGAAAAAUGGAAAAGGCAUCAGCAGAGAAGUGGGUAACUACUCUUCCUGCUGGUCUCAACGGAAAGGUAGAGGAAGACAACACUGCUUCAUUUCAUCUUAAGGUCUCCAAACCUGAAAUGACCGCUUCCUGCUCCUCAUUGGGGUCCAGUAUGGAUUCAAAAGACACUGGUGAACUUGUGAAGGUGUCAAUGGAUGGCGAGAGAAAAAUGCCUCAUGGUAAAGCAUCAACUGAAUAUCCCAAAAUGCAAAAGAGUUCUUUGCUGAAGCGAAGAAGAUCCUUAAAGAAGCCAGAGAGGGUGCCGUCUAUCUAUAAACUGAAAUUAAGACCAUGCGUCCAACCUCGACGUGACCACAGAUCUGACCGGAAACCCUCAAAAAUUCCCAAACCAGUUUUCUACAAAAAAAUAAGCUGCAAAGAUGAAAGUUGUCCUAGACAGAGAGAGAACGAUUUCUCAAUUGAGAGUUUCAGCUCAGAGCACGGUAACACUUGGACCAAACCAAAAUCUCAUGCUCAAGUACAGAGUGCUAAAAAGUGCCAAAGGACAAACCCUGAGUCGCAUGCAAAUCACGAUCUGGAAUCAUGGGUAUAAUUCACAGCCCAAUUAACACUUUUAGUCAUUUUUGGCGUCUACAAAAAUGUUGACUGCAAGUUUUGUAAAGCCAUAUAUAGUCAAAGAGUAUUUCACUUUCUUUGAACUAUUCUAUUUCUUUGAACUAAAAUAAGAACUUACAUUCUUAUUUUCUAUUAAUAAGCCUUUAGGAAAACAUUCCUGAAAAUGUCUCUUAGUUAUUUAGCUGGUUUUGUUAACACAUUUUUCAUGCACAACACAUUCGUUUAUAACAACUUUUUAGUCAAGAGUGCUUUCAGUUCAAUGUGAACAUGUUGUUUCUGAUAGAUCUGUGUAGUCCAAUGAACAAUUCAGAAUGUUGUAUGUUAUGUACAAUAUGCACCACAUAUCAAGAUGUUGACCUAGAGGAAAAUGUCAUUGAUGAGAUUUGAUGGAGUUCUCAGUUGUGUAUCAACUUCUCAGUCUCAGAUGUUUCUCAUACAAUUGUUUGGUAGAAAUAAAAACAAACACAUGACACAAUUGUUAACAUCCAUUAAAAGUGUGGAGAUGUCAAAUGAACCUAGAUUGUAUAGGUAAAAUAAAUCAAUUUCAU